CAAUCCACUUCUCUCAUAACGUCCUUCUCCAUUUGAAUUCAAGACAUCUAUUCUCGCGCGCCACUCACUCUCUCACUCACUCAUCUUCCACUCAAAAUUUCUCCAUAGGAGAGCUUCAUCUUCGAAUUCAAGAUGGAGACGCUUUACAUCAAACUUUACGAAAAGUACUCUAAACUCAAGGUAUCAAAGGAUCACGAGUUGGAUCAAGCUGAUAAGGAACAAGAAGGAAAAUUCGUUGACUAUAUGAAUGCUGCGGAAACUCUAAUAAAGCAUUUGAACAAUGAUAAAAUGAGGUUGUCAGAAGUUAUUGAUGAACUACGGAGUGAAGUUGUUUCCCUGAGAACUGCUAAAGACGAACAAUAUGAUGAUUUUCAGCAACGACUAAUAGAGGAAAAACAAAAGAAUCGAGACCUUUCUGCGGAGGUUGAGCAACUGCGCGAGUUACAGCAAGAGAUACCGAGAAGUGACCAACAUGAGGAGCCAGCUAUAAUCAGUAUGCAACAUAGCCCAUCCGUGUCUCGAGAAAAAGUUAACGAGUCACCAAUGAGAAUGACUAGGAAAAAACGUGCUAGACUUUCAAUGGAAGCUAAUUCUGAAACAAAUAGUACAGCAAGUGGUCUUCAUGCACCUUCAACAGGAAAAAAAGUAUUACCAGAUCAACCGAUUGAUAUUUCCAAAGCAUAUUCGCAGUCAGAGUGCUGUCAGGGUAACAUCGAUAAUGAAGGUCCUUGCAAAUGCGUGUUUCAGAAUCUUGUUGAGUCCCUAAUAGACAUGAAAGUUUCUGUUGCUAAUCAUCCUGAAGGAAGAUGUAUACAUUUAGUUCACCAGUCCAGUGGUUAUUCAUUUGAUUUGUUAUGGAGGAACAAGGCUUCCUCAACUGGAGAUGUAUGGUAUCAUGUUUCUUCUUUGGGGGCAUUUGCUAACGUGGCUCCCGAGUGGAUGCGACGAGAGAUUCUCAUCUUCAGCAUGAGCAUGUGCCGUGUUUUCUUUGAGAGGAUAUCUCGUUUUAUCAAACACCAUUAGCUCUUUUCUUUGCUUCCUUUGCUGCUACAGGCUCGUUUAGGUGCAGUUCCUUUGAUCCAACGACCGAAAACGAGAGUUUGGUUGUGCAAUAAUGAGGGAUUUGGUCUAAUAGUUCUUGGUAGCAUCCUAAAUUGCUCAUUGUAUGUGAUGUAUGUAGUUUAACAUGCAAAUUUUCGAGUAGUUUCUGAUCUAAUCUCUUUCUGUAAGUUAUAGUUUUAGAUCUGAUCCCUUUUACAGUGUUAGUAUGUGUUAAAACUAGUUUAUGUGUCUCAUUGCUUUAGAUAGAAUCUUAGUAAUUCUUUAUCAUGGAUUAGCAACAAUGAUCUAGUUCUAUUGGCGAAACUUGAGAGCCUUAGAGUUAGAAUCCAAACUUCAUUUACUUGGAUUUUGCUUACC